UCAAAAAAUUAUUGCAAAAAGUGCUAACAAAACGAGAGGAGAGCUAAGAAUUUACAAAACAGUUUGAAAAACAGACCACAUAAGAUAAAGUGCUUUUCGUUGAAACCAAAGUAAAACUAAUUUAGCAUUUGAAGAAACCUUUAAAGAACAAUUAUAAAAUGGCAACUUUACCACUAUUAUUGAGUCUCAUCGAUGAAUUGGACCGUGAAUCCAAUCCCUCUUAUUAUGGCAAUGAUUUUGGUUUAGGCGUUUCACCCUAUCUCAUCCAUCAGCACUCACCACAACGUGAAUCCAGACAACCUACCGUAGCGGGUUACACUCUACCCUUGGCUUUGCUUAAUCGCAUCAGUGAACAACAAGCUUUACGCCGAGCAGCUGGUGGAGAUAAGAAGGAAUCUCGUGUUUCACCCGUAGGCAAAGAUGGUUUCCAAGUUUGCAUGGAUGUAGCCCAAUUUAAACCAAGCGAACUAAAAGUCAAAGUAGUGGAUAACUGCGUAGUUGUUGAGGGCAAACAUGAAGAACGAGAAGAUCAACAUGGUUUCAUACAGCGACACUUUGUACGCCGUUAUGUUUUACCCAAGGGCUACGAUGCUGAUAAAGUAGUUUCAACUCUAUCAUCAGAUGGUGUUUUGACAGUUAGUGUUCCCAAGCCAGUGGAAGAGGAAAAAACUAACGAACGUAUCAUACAAAUACAGCAAACUGGUCCGGCUCAUUUGAACGUCAAACAAAAUAGCCAAGAAAAGGUUACAGAUGCCGCUAAUGGUUCUGGUGGAGACCAAGAAGAUACUAAAUAAGUUAAUUUUAAGAAUCCAUAUUGGAUUUAUUAAUUAACUUUAUCAUAUUCAUUAUUAUUUAAACAUAAACUUUCAUGAAUUCCAGACUGUUCCAUACUUUUUAGUUUUAAGUACCUUUUUGUUAUUUUGUUUUCUCGUGUGUUGACGCAUGCCUUUGCAAAACUUUGACUAUAGAUUUUAUUCGUAGUAAAUGUUAUUUUAUACGAAUUAUAAGAAAUGACGUUUGAAAUAUAAUAAAACUAACUAUACAAGACA